CGGUUUCGUUAUAAAAUUGACUUGUAGAUAUAAGUAGCAGAGACCUCGAAGGAAGUUGACAGAAUUCAUGUCUUUUUCUAAAAUGAAGGCGUCGAUAUCUUCCGCGCUUUUACUCAGAUAAAUAUUUGAAAGAAAGGAGUUGUGCACAAAGCUAGACGAUGAUGUUAUGGCGAAGAUGUUAAUAUGAAAAAUUUGUUUGUUUGGGCUUUAUGUUAAUCGUAUUUGUUAAUUUUCAGAUUUAAAAUGAGUGAUUUAGACGUCCCCAGUGCUUUAGUUCCCAAUAGUGUUAAGGAUCCCAAACCCAAACCUUUUUCCGUUGGUAGUAUUCAGGUGAAUCCCUGCCAGCGAGGGAACCCAAUCCUGAAGGAAAUUAGGAAUGUUCCCUGGGAGUUUGUGGAAGGAAUUGCCCCUGAUUAUAUCCUAGGUCCAAACUGUUUAGCUCUGUUUCUCUCCUUAAGAUAUUUUACCCUUCAACCCAAAUAUAUUCAUGACAGAUUAAAAGCUAUUGGUUCUGGUAGUAAGCUGCGUGUUCUCCUAGUUCUAAUUGAUCAAAAAGAUCCACAUUUUGCUCUCAAUAAACUCAUGAGAAUCAGUAUACUAAGUGAGCUGACCCUAAUGCUAGCCUGGAACAAUGCUGAAGCUGGCAAGAUAUUGGAAACAUAUAAAAUCUAUGAGAAUAAACCUCCAGAUAUGAUAAUGGAAAAAACAGGAACGCAGGUUCAUGAAAAGAUGAUUGAAGCGCUUACUUCUAUUAAAUCUAUUAGUAAAACUGAUGCAGCUACUCUGUUAGGAGUAUUCGGAAGCCUGGAGAAGAUAGUGGGAGCCAGCAGUGAGGAUUUAUCCCUGUGUCCCGGGUUUGGUCCACAGAAAGCUCAACGCCUGCAAAAAGUUCUCAAAGAAAGCUUUAAACGACAAACAAAACGAAUCUAAAUAUUUUCCAUAUAUAUUUAUUCAAACUAAGAGAGAGCAAUCCAAAUUUCGUUAUUUCAAGUCGCUCAUGUCCGAUUCACAAUGGUACCUUUUCAACCUUUAUCUGAUCAAUAAUGUGAAAGUCUAACAACUUCCUUUACGGUUUCUGAGGCAAAAAUUCCGCAAGCUAUUUUUGAAAGAAACCACAAAUCGAAAAUAAUUGAUUUUCAAAGAGAAAAUUAUCGAUAUCUCAAAAAAUGUUGAUCUGACAUCGGGUACAGUUGGGAAUCGGACAACUUACGUUUACAGUCCCUGUACAGAUUAACUUUAGAUCUAUGUACACUGUACAGGGUUAUCCACAAAGAAUGCUACUCAAAUGAGGACCUGGAACUCUGGCAUUGCCACAAUGGGUUUUAAUCGGUCUUAAAGGAAGUGUCUGAGAGUGCAGUAUUGUAGAGAAACUGAUUAGCAAUCACUUGUAUGGUGUAUAAUUGUUUAAGUAAGAGCGCCAAAUCGAUCUUUAAAAUCUUCCUGGCACUCGAUCCCUGGCAGGUUGUAGCGCGCCCAGCACGCCUGCAACAAGGUAUGCUGCGCCACAAUCUGCUGGACACUGGACAGGCUUGCCGCGCUUUUAUAUGGUCUGAUAUUGAAUGUGACCUUUUGCAGAGACUAGAGAGAACUGCGAAUUUCAUAAUUAAGACUGAAUUAAACAUUCGCCUCAUAAACUAAAUACCUUGUGGAUAACUCUGUUUCUAACUCAUUUCAACUUAAUAGUAAAAGAAGAAUAUUUAGACUCUAUUAUAUUGAUGUUCCAUAAAGUGAACAAUCUCUUUUUUUAACUCAUGUACCUAAAUAAAGUGUGACGCAUAGUUUUUACUAUUAUUUUAAAUAUGUUUCA